AUGUCUGGUGAAAACAAGAACGGCGCCUCGCGCUAUGACCCUAACUUUACCCAAAACGUUAUCAAUGCCAUGGGCCCCAAGACCUCCCCUCGAAUGCGAGAAGUUAUGACCAGUCUGACCAGACACCUCCACGACUUUGCUCGAGAAGUUGAGUUGACGGUAGACGAAUGGGCCGAGGGCGUCCGGCUGCUCAAUUGGGCUGGCCAAAUGAGCGACGAGAGAAGAAAUGAAGGUCAACUGGUGUGCGAUGUUGUCGGCUUGGAGACACUUGUGGAUGAAAUCACAUACAAGAAAGCUUCCGAAGCUGCCGAUCUGGCCACUCAGAGUGCCAUUCUGGGGCCCUUCUUUCAAACAGACCAUGCGAUCCGAAAGAAGGGCGAUAGCAUCUCGGUGAACACUCCGGAGGAUGCCGAAAUUGUGUAUUUGUACGGCCAGGUGGUGGAUGCCACUACCAAGAAACCGCUGGCGAAUGCUUCGGUCGAUGUUUGGCAAGCAUCCACAAAUGGAUUGUACGAACAGCAGGAUGAGAACCAGGCCAAGUCGAAUCUAUGCGGCAAGUUCUACACGGAUGAGAACGGAGAGUACGGCUUCUAUUGUCUGAGGCCGACUCCCUACCCAAUUCCAUACGACGGACCAGCCGGCAAACUGCUACAAUUACUCGACAGACAUCCUUACCGACCAGCCCACAUCCAUUUCAUUGUAUUGGCCGAGGGUUACAAGCCCAUCACGACCCAGAUUUUUGACAAGGAGAGCAAGUAUCUCGAUGACGAUUCGGUCUUUGCCGUCAAGGAUUCUCUGAUUGUGGAAUUCGUGCCCCGGCAAGGUGACGAGAAGGCCAAAAAGGAACUUAGAUAUGAUCUUGGAAUGGCCCCGCUGUCCUCCCAAGGAGAAUCCGGUGAAGCGCUUGUGACGACUGGCAUGGGUCGCGGCUUUUGA